AUGAAGAAGCGGAAGGAGCUGAACGCCCUCAUCGGCCUGGCCGCCGACGGCCGCAGGAAGAAGCCUGCCAAGAAGGGCUCGGGCCACCGGCUGCUGCGCACCGAGCCGCCCGCCUCCGACUCCGAGUCCAGCUCCGAGGAGGACGAGUUCGCGGCGGCGGGGGCGCGGGGCCGCUGCGGCAAGGGAGACUAUCUACGAUGCUGCAAGUUCUGUUACCCGUUAUGUGCGUUUGUCAUUCUUGCUGCUUGUGUGGUAGCAUGUGUUGGCUUGGUCUGGAUGCAGGUGGCUCUCAAGGAGGAUCUGGAUGCAAUAAAAGAGAAGUUUCGAACUAUGGAAUCUAAUCAAAAGACGUCAUUCCAAGAAAUUCCUAAACUGAAUGAAGAUUUGGUGCAGAAGCAAAAGCAACUAGAACAAAUUGAGACUGGAGAACUGGGGCUAAAUAAAAUUUGGAUAAAUAUCACAGAGAUCAAUAAACAGAUAUCACUAUUGACCUCAACAGUAAAUCAUCUCAAAAACAAUGUGAAGUCUGCUUCUGAUUUGAUUUCUCUUCCUCUCACAGUAGAGAAACUUCAGAAGACUGUGGCAAACAUAGGUAGCACUCUUACCAGUGUUUCUCAUGAUGUUGAAAAUAUACAGACAGCCAUUGAAGAAUACAAGAAAUCCAUAGAAAUACUCCAGAAUGAUGUGAAGGAAUUAAAACAGAUACCUUCACUUCCCUCUACUGUUGUGCCAAGGACUGAGGGAAAUCAAACAGAAAACUGCAAACAGGAAAGCCAAUUGCUGCACGCAGCUUUGGAGGAGCUAAAUAAUACUGUAGUGGUGUACCAAAAGUUGAAUGACAUCAAGCUUCUAAAUGUGGACUCAACCAUUGGCAACCUUAGCCGGAAGGUUAUGCUGUUGGAAAACUCCACCCUUGCUGUCAAUAAUCUGGACAAAAGAGAGAACUUCUCUACCACUGUGGGGAGUGAUGCAACUACCUCUCUAAAAGUGGAAAAUGAAGAUCAACUAGACAAUGAAACUCAUUCAAAUAAAGAAUCAAAGGAAACGGGAACUAGAGAUUCUCAGGUAUUAAAACUAAGAGAGAAGCGUCAGAUGAUCAGUGCUCUCACAGGCAAGCCAGAAAAUGACAGAUCCAUUGAGACAUCAAAGAACGCAGUUGAAAGUAGUCUGACUACUACAGUAAAGCCCACAGACCUUUCAAGGCUGGCUUCAAGGUCAGCUGAUGACAACACAGAGGGUAACGGACAGCUGAGACAUCUGUCCUUACCAGGAAUUUCCAGCAUUGAAGAUCUUCAGAAUUUGUUUGAAAAAGCAACUGAAGAUGCCGAUGGAAAACUAUCAUAUGAAGAUCUUCAAAAGCUGCUUGGCUCUACAGCCCAAGAGUCACAGAGCUUUAAGAAAUUUGACACAGAUGGAGAUGAGAAAUACUCAUUUCAAGAACUGAGAUUAGCAUUAGGUGUAUAGGAUAUAUAUUUAGAAAUGUGAUACUGGUGGAUGCUACUGUAGCUAAAGGAAACUACGGGACACGAAAAACUAGGUCUGCACUUUCCCAGUAUUUUACUGAUCUUUGGAGCUAAAUUACUGUACACAUUGCCACCUCUUUUUUUGUUUGUGUUUACUGAAAAGAAAUUUACAAAUUUAUAUGUCGGUAGGACAUAAUAUUGGGACUGUGUUUAAAAUUCAGAAAAAUCCCAAACUUGGAAACAUUUUCCUCUCAUUCUUUCCUUUUCAAGGGAAUUCUUGUUUUUAAUUUAAAAUGUGUACAUACUAAAAUAAAACUAUGGUUUUGUAUUUCACUGAAAUUUGCCUUAAAUUAGAGAGCUGCACUUUAUGUAGAGCAGAAAGAAAUCUGUCUGGUAAAGAUGGGCUUCUUCUGCUUGUAAAUAUUUGAGAUAGAGUAAAUUAUGCAUAUUUAAGGGGAAGUUUGUGUCAGGGGCUGUGUUGGUAGUAAGCUGUUUAUGAUGAGAGACUGGGUCUAAAAAGGGUUGUUAAGAGUUUCAGCUGAAUUUCUAAUUUUGACUAAGUAUAUCCAUGAAUGAUUUUGGACUCAGUUAGAGGAAAGCAGGAGUGGUAAUUCAUGCCCAUCUAUAGCAGGAUUUCUUUUUAGGGGGAAGAGUUCAAAGUGUUUUUAUAUCAUGAGCCUACAGGAGCAAUUACCUACCAAGUGCUUGGAUUUUCACUUCAGCAUUCUUUUAGCUUUGCUGUGUUGCGUCCAGAUUAUUUUGUGAGAUGACCCUAUCUAUUUUUUUUUUUAAAAGAGCAAGCUAAUGAAGAACUUCAACAGAUGCUUUAAGAGGUAAAAGUCUACAAUGCAGCCUGCUGAGUAGCACCUGAAUAGUUCAUGCCUCGGGUGUGAUCAGCGGUGUGCUGAUGGUCUUGCUGACACGUUACUGGAGAUCUUUUGAUCAGGGUUGCGGGUGCUGCCGGUUUCUUCCAUCCACUGUUGUUGGGGUCACUCUGAAGUACCCUGAGUAAAGCUCCUGCUCACUAAGAGUGUGAGCACAUGGGAAAGGCCCAGAGUAGAGUUGUGGGCUGUUUCCUGACUAAUGUGAACAUGAUCACUUCUUGGUACCUUUACCUUUUGUGUUCUCACUGACAGAAGGAUGUAGAAAGCAGGAUAGGAGCAUGCAGUCGCAUCGGCGUUCUCUACUGAGGCAUGCUUUGUAAGUGAGGCUUCCUCACUAUAGAGGAACUUAAGGGUUUGUUUAUACUCUGUGUUUAGAUCCACUAGUGUUUCUGGAGUAAUUGUUUUACAAAUAAUUGUGUUCUGGAGUAUGAAUCAGUGAAGGAAUGUACAAAAUGGAACCCUGUUACCCAUUGCCUAGGCUUCUUUCACUGUUGGUCUUCUAUCCUGUUUGGGUAAUGCAGACGUGACCCAACAUGGAGAUGCUUUUGAUGUGACAUUUGAAAAUACAGUAUUUAAAAACAAAACCAACCAACCUUGGCUUUUGAGAGGACGAGAAGCCAACACUUGCUUCUUGCCACUUCCCAUACCCUUUUAUACACUACUGUAUAAUUCCUCAACCAAAAAAAAACCUAGCAAUAAAAUGUAACCAUUCUGGUGUUUUAUUUGUACAUACUGUAUCAUAGCCAUAUGCCAGAGUUUGCAAAAUAUUUUUGGAAGUUUGAUUUGUAUGGAGUUUAACUUACCUUAAAAUUUAAGGGAUCACUGUAUUGCCAUGUGAAUCUAUUGGUGUUUUGUUGCAGUCUGCUUUACUUUUAGAAGUCUCUUCAACAGCAAUAGUGAAACUGUCAGCUAGAGACAGUGUGUGCUGCUCCAGCUGCCUGUGUCUUCUGCCUGUGGCCAAGGAGCUGAGCUGGUCAGUAAUUGGCACCAGGGCACAGCUGUCCAGUGGUGCUGCUUAUUUGCAUGUUAAGAGCAUAGUGGAUUGCUAAUUGCUGUAGUCACUGCUGUCGUAGGAUGGACUUGUGCUAUCGAUUUAACAAAAUCUGAUCCUCCCUGAGUACAGUGGUCGCUUAUGUUUGGCCUAGGGUAGCCGGUAGCAGUGUGCUGCAGGCUGGGAGCACCGGUGGUCCCCAGCCAGCCGCUCCCACCCGUGCAAGUUUUCUGCUGUGCUGCUGCUGUCCACCUUGCAUGCUUUCCAAAGCCCCGCCGCUGGGUCUUGGCAGGCUUCCUCCCCUACGUUUUAAUCACACUGCAGAUGGUAGAGGGCUUAAAAGCCGUGGGCGCAGCAAAUACGCUUGUGCGGGUCCGCUAUCUGCCGUAGCUACGGAGGGCAGGUUGGCUGGAGGCGGAGGGCAGGUUGGCUGGAGGCGGAGGGCAGGUUGGCUGGAGGCGGCAGGCUUCGGAGGGGCAGCGGGCAGCCAGCGUGAGGAGGUUCCAUGCUUCUGCGGGUGGCGAGGCCUGGGGGAAAAAAGCGGUGUCUGAAAUUAAUUUAAACAGUGAGAGUUGACAGGUCUGCAGGCGGCAGCUGGGGCUGUAGCUGAGACUUGCUGUUACGCUGUGAUUCUCGGGUUCAUUUUCAGGCUGUAUUUGCGUUUUCUGGGUGACCCCUCUGUAGGGACCACUGUGUGUCUCCGUUCGGUCACUGACCUGCACAAGGAGUGGAGCCGCACCGUGCCGGGCGCGCACGGCGCUUCUCUGCCCCGCUGGGUUUGAGCUACAGCGCUCCACGCCUUUUACCAUGUAACGCGACUUUUACUUGAUCUCAAUAAAAGUUCAUUUUCA